GGAUUUGCGGCUGCUAUUCAAACAUUUUCGUGACAUGUCCAAAGGCCAUGAUACUUGUAAUGAAUAUCCAAGUUCAGAAAUCACCGAAGUUGAAGCAACAUCAGGACACAAGUUGACUUCUUCGCAGAAAGAAAUGGAACAACCACUUGAGACAGGGCAUGAAUUUGAUGAAAAUGUUCCUCAAAAGGAGAUGCCAUCAGUAGCAACAAUACCAACAGACUCAGAAGAGUUAAUGAAUGAACAAUGUCCACUUGCAGAAACUGAUGCUAGCGUCAAACCUUCUCAGGAAAAUAAUUUGGAGGGUUCAACGUCAGAAAAAAAUGUAGCAUCAACUUUGUCGACCAUUUCAGAAACAACAAGGAAUGAGCUACCUAUACAAUUAGUUUCUCCUAAAACAAAGGGCAUCGAAUUACGAGUUGAAGAAGGAACCACAUCAGCUAAUGCCAAGAUAAUAACACCAUCACUUCAUUCAAAAUCACUCAGUUCUUCAUUAGGUCAAUUAGAUACUUCUAAGCAUAAAACAACUUCACAGGACGAUGGCGAUGGCCGAAGAGUCGUAGCUUCUCCCCUAACUGCCAUAACAAAGCCUCUUACCACUCAAGAUGUUGAUGUUAAAAUCUGGCAGGAAACUAGCAAGACUAAGGAUGAUCAAGUUUCUCUAAAUGAUGAUGCUGUCAUAAAAGUAAGCUCAAAUAUUGAGAAUCAGUUUCCUAACGAUGAUGAAUUUAGAGUUUCAGAACCUAAGCCCUCUCCUAGCAAUAAACUUCCUAAGCAUCUUGCAUUUCAAACUCCUUCAAUCCCUUCUGAAGGGAACUCUUCUCAAAUAAUGGAAAAGUCAAGUUCUCCUUCAAUUGUCAUGUCGAAGCUUCGGCAACUGGUCUCGGAGAAUUACUUGGAUUAUGAGAACUUGUCUUUGUUGACUGAUUUCCUUGUUAAGCACCCUUCACUUCUUUUAAAGGACACAUCACUGAGUAAUAGAUACAAGGGUUAUGCUUACGGCUGUCUCGCUGAGCUGUUACAAUUUCUUCAAACCCAUAGUGUGUUUGAUGUGUUGGGUUCAAGCCGCUCUAAAUUUGUUAAGUUAUUACAAGAUGUACGCAGCUUUGCUUUUGAUAAGGCUUGGUUGGAUAGUCUCGAAAGACGUGCAUUGUUUUCGGAUAUACAAGUCUCUCAAAAUGAAUUUCAAAAACUGUUGGAUUCCAAGCAACAAGUCUCCAAGGAAGUUGAAGUGUUGCGUUUUAAGAUAGACGUCUUAAGUCAAAAUGUGGAAGAUCUUAAGCAUCAAUUGACAUCCUCGGAGACUGUUUUGAAGAGUAUUAUUCAAAAAGAGGAACAAGUUUUAGAAACAAGGGCUGCUUUAAGUGCCCCUCUUGGCUAUUAGACUAUCAUUUGUUGUUGGAGCUUUUUAUCAUUUGAAAUGAAUUACUAUCUUAUUCAA